UUGUCCCCGCGUCGCGAUUUUCCAUGCAAUCGUGCGGUGUGUCUCUCGCCUUUGCUGCCUGCGCUGCUGCUCGGAGUCUCGGGUCGGCUUCUUCUAGUGGUGAUGAGGAAAAGAAAAUGGCGGCAGGAAAAGCGAGUGAAACAGAGGAGGACUUUCCGACACUGACAGCCCAGGAGAGGGACAGUUUGGUCGGGAUCGACAGCUCACUGUUUGGAUUUCAGAAGCUUCAUGAAGAUGGCGCCAGAACGAAGGCCCUGUUGAUGAAGGCUGUUCGCUGCUACGAUUCGCUCAUCCUUAAGGCCGAGGGCAAAGUGGAGCCUGAGUUAUUCUGCCAGCUCGGCCACUUCAACCUCCUCUUGGAGGAUUACCCGAAAGCAUUAUCGGCAUACCAGAGGUACUACAGUUUACAGUCAGACUACUGGAAGAAUGCUGCCUUUCUGUAUGGCCUGGGAAUGGUCUACUUCCACUAUAAUGCCUUUCAGUGGGCGAUCAAAGCAUUCCAGGAGGUGCUGUACAUUGACCCAGGGUUCUCGAGGGCCAAGGAGAUCCACCUACGCCUGGGUCUCAUGUUCAAAGUCAACACAGACUAUGAGUCAAGCCUAAAGCAUUUUCAGCUGGCUUUGAUUGACUCCAACCCCUGCACUUUGUCCAAAGCUGAAAUUCAGUUCCACAUUGCUCAUUUGUAUGAGAUUCAGAAGAGAUACCGGGCUGCUAAGGAGGCCUAUGAGAGCCUUCUGCAGACGGAGGAUCUUCCUGCACAGGUGAAGGCCACUACCCUGCAGCAGCUCGGCUGGAUGCAUCACACAGUGGAACAGCUCGGGGACAGAGCCAGCAGGGACAGCUAUGCCAUCCAGUGUCUGCAGAAAUCCCUGGAGGCUGACCCCAACUCUGGACAGUCCUGGUACUUCCUUGGCAGGUGCUACUCUAGUAUUGGGAAGGUCCAGGACGCCUUCAUCUCCUAUCGGCAAUCCAUAGACAAAUCAGAGGCCAGUGCAGAUACCUGGUGCUCUAUAGGGGUGUUGUACCAGCAGCAGAACCAGCCCAUGGACGCUCUGCAGGCCUACAUCUGUGCCGUGCAGCUGGACCACAGCCACGCCGCCGCCUGGAUGGAUCUGGGCACGCUGUACGAGUCCUGCAACCAGCCGCACGAUGCCAUCAAGUGCUACAUCAACGCCACACGCAGCAAGGGCUGCACCAACACCAACGCGCUAACCCACCGCAUCAAAUGCCUGCAGGCUCAGUUGAGUAACCCCCAGCUCAGUAGCCUACAGGGUAAAAGUAAAAUGCUCCCUCUUAUUGAGGAGGCAUGGAGUCUACCAAUCCCAGCUGAGCUAACCUCCAGGCAGGGAGGCCUGAGCAGUGCACCACAGCAGGCUUGUAAGCCCAAUCACAGUGCAGAGGGUGGGGGCUCGGGUCAGUCUCUGCCCCCUCACGUGGGCUCGCUGGGCCAAGCAGAGGACCAGUCCUGCCCAGCCAAAAGGAGGAGAGCCUCCAGCCCUGCUAAGGGCGAUUCGUGGGCCAGUAAUCCAGCACAGCCAGUUCCCAACUGGUACCUCUCUCCACAGAAAAUACAGGUGCUGGAACAGUUGCGGAGUAACCGGGCCAACCUGAAGCCCCCGCAGCUUCAGAUGUUGGAGCAGUUAGAGGCUCAGUUCGCCAUGAUGCAGCAGCACCAGCACCAGAUGAGACAGAAUGUCUCAGGAGGUCAGGUGCGCCCCUCUCUCCCCAACGGCCCCAUCUCCAACUCCCUCCCCUCCCCCAACCCCAGCCUCCAUCCCACCCGGCCCCACCUGGGACCCCACCGGCCCCUGUGCCCACCACAGCCGCUGGCCAACGGGCCUGUGGGCCCUGGGACACACGGAGCCUUGGACUCCCUCCCUGUGGGUGAUAAUAGUAAGACUAGUAGUAACAGUAGUAGUAAUAAUCAGCCAGGGCCCUCGGACACAGGACCCAACGGAGACGUGCCUUACCUGCAACCUGCCAGCAGCGGCGACGCAGCACUGCUACCUCACACCUGCACAAGCACGCAAACACAGGACGCAACGCCGCGCCAGUCCCUGCACCUAAACUCCUCUCAGGGGCUUCAGAGGGGGUCUGUUCCACAUGCGACAGGCUCCAGCAGUGAGGGGACCCCUUCUCACUCGCAGACCCCCAACUCCACCGCCCCUGUGCACCCCAACAGUCAGGUUGGACAUUCCACUAACGCCCCAUCGCCACGGCAGCAGCCUCACAACCACCUCCCAUCCCCUCCCUCCCUCCCGCACUCCUCUACCUCAGGUGGAGCAGCACCCGGUGCGUCCGCUACCAAAGAUAGCAACAAAGCAGCCGCCCUUGUCACGGCAGCCGCAUCCCUCGGCAACGGAGGCUCAGAGGGUAAGAUGCCAUUGCCACUGCCGUCAGCUGAUGGCAAAACGACACAGGCGGACGGCCUAGCCAAUCACGUCCACUCGGGGGAUGGCGGCAAGGUGGCAGAAGGUGGCGAGAAGCCGAGCCUUAGCGCAGACAAUCCUAGACUAUCUGCCCUGCUGGUGGGGGCAAAGGGCCCUGACGAGGGCGAGGGACCGUCAGAAGGGACUGUAUCGACAGCAUCCACCACGCCCGAGUCCCACAAGAAAGUCAACAACAUCCACCCGGCCGUCCUGCCCUCCACCCCCCAUGCGCAGGGCAGUUCGGCUGCCUCCUCUCCCAUCUCUGCCAUAUCCACCGCCACACCCUCACCCAAAUCCUCAGAACACACCCAAACAGGAGCCCACAGUCCCGCCACCACCGCUUCUGCUGCACCGGCCGUGAACGGUAACGGCAAAGGAGGUAUCUCUGAGGACUCUCAAAGCCCACUGAAGGCUGAGCCGCCCACCGUCACCGGUCUCAAAGCUACGCCUCCACAUGGACACAGCUCCUCGUCAUCAUCGUCGUCAUCUUCAGUAUCCAUCUACCCCAGCUCCACAGACGUGCUGAAGGCCUGCAGGAACCUGGGGAAAAAUGGUCUCUCCAACAGCAGUAUCCUCCUCGAUAAGUGCCCCCCGCCCCGGCUGCCCCCUCCACCCUCACCAGCCCUGCCCAAAGACAAGCUCAACCCUCCCACACCCAGCAUCUAUCUGGAGAACAAGAGGGAUGCUUUCUUCCCUCCACUGCACCAGUUCUGCACAAACCCCUCCAACCCCGUCACUGUCAUCAGAGGACUGGCUGGAGCACUCAAACUGGACCUGGGGCUGUUCUCCACAAAGACAUUGGUAGAGGCCAACCCGGAGCACCUGGUGGAGGUCUGGACUCAGCUCUCUCAGCCCGCUGAUGAGAACUGGGACCCAACUGGCACCAAGAAAAUGUGGCGCUGCGAAAGCGCCCGCGCCCACACCACCAUCGCCAAAUACGCCCAGUAUCAGGCUGCUUCCUUCCAGGAAUCCCUGCGGGAGGAGAAUGAGAAGAAGGCACUAAAGGAGCCCUCAGACACAGAGCCAGCAUCAGCAGAGAGUGUUGCACGCAAAAGAAGGGGACCCUUAAAGCACAUUAAGUUUGGAACCAACAUCGACGUGUCGGACGAAAGGAAGUGGAAACAGCAGCUCCAGGAGCUCAGUAAACUGCCGGCCUUCGCUCGAGUCGUAUCAGCCGGCAACCUGCUCAGCCACGUGGGCCACACCAUCAUGGGUAUGAACACGGUUCAGCUCUACAUGAAGGUCCCGGGGAGCAGGAUACCAGGUCACCAGGAACACAAUAACUUCUGCGCCGUCAACAUCAACAUUGGACCAGGAGACUGUGAAUGGUUUGCAGUACCUGAGCCUUACUGGGGAGUCAUGAGCAACUUCUGUGAAAAGAACAACAUUAACUUCCUGAUGGGCUCGUGGUGGCCCAACCUGGAGGACCUGUACGAGGCCGACGUGCCCGUCUAUCGUUUCAUCCAGCGUCCGGGCGACCUGGUGUGGCUCAACACAGGCACUGUGCACUGGGUGCAGGCCAUCGGCUGGUGCAACAACAUUGCCUGGAAUGUGGGACCGCUCACAGCUCACCAGUACAAGCUGGCUGUGGAGCGUUACGAGUGGAAUAAGCUCCAGAGCGUCAAGUCCAUGGUUCCCAUGGUGCACCUCUCCUGGAACAUGGCUCGCAACAUCAAAGUGUCCGACCACAAGCUGUUUGAGAUGAUCAAGUACUGCUUGCUGCGGACGUUGAAGCAGUGCCAGUGGGUGAAGGAAGCCUUGACGUCAGCCGGCAAGGAAACAGUACUGAGGCCAAGGACCAGGGACGAACCGGCUCACUACUGCACCAUCUGUGAGGUGGAGGUGUUCAACCUGCUGUUUGUGCGCCGGGAGCUCCUGUCCAAGAAGCAGUAUGUGGUCCACUGCCAGGACUGUGCCAGGAAAGGCAGCGCCACGCUGGACGACUUUGUGGUGCUGGAACAGCACAGGAUGGAGGACCUGAUGCAGGUCUACGACCAGUUCACAUUAGCCCCUCCUCUUCAUUCAUCUUCAUCUUGACAUUAGGUGACACCUCUUUCUUCUUCUUCUGUGGAGCCAUGAAGCCCAUGCACAGGAACUUGUAUUAAGAUUUUUUUUAAAAA